UUGUCUCACGUAUGUCAAUUGUAUUAUAUUAAAAUUGCUCAAGUUAAUUCUGUGCUCGUGCGUGUGCCUGUUUUUGUAUAUGUGCAAAUACAUAACUGUAUUUAUAUCUGUGUGAGUGUGUGUUAAUCCCAGCUGAAAAAAAUCUAUGCAAAAGGAAAGAAAGAGAAGCGCCGACCACGCAAAAACAAAAAACCCAAGCCAAAACAAAAUAAGCAAAAACAGUUAAUGAAAUUGAAGGCGAAGUGCAAAGAGGAACAACAGCAGCAGUAGCAAAUAAAUUUGCAGAUUUGCUAGGAAAAGACUGCACCCCAGUUCUGAUAAAAGAGAGAGAGAGAGAAUUAAGCGCACUCCCCCCUGGUUAUUACUGGACCAAACAUAAUGAGCACGUACUUGGAAUUAUUCGGGCUAUUUGUGCUGCUAAUGUUGCCAUUUUUAUAUGAGACAAAUCACACAUUUCGUUACUAUUUUAAAUUUCUUAUCUACUAUGGCAUCGUAUCGUUCAAUGCGAUUAUAUUGAUACCUGCAUUUCUUACACGACCCUGCGAUGUGCGCAAUCUAUUAUGGGCGAGCACUUGGUGUCAUCGGGUUACGGCGCUGGUUGGACUGCGCUGGGAGCUGCGCGGCAAGGAGCAUCUGGAAAAGGAUCAGGCCUGCAUUAUAGUUGCGAAUCAUCAGAGCUCGCUCGAUGUGCUGGGCAUGUUCAACAUCUGGCAUGUGAUGAACAAGUGCACGGUGGUGGCCAAGCGUGAGCUGUUCUAUGCCUGGCCCUUUGGCUUGGCUGCCUGGCUGGCGGGCUUGAUAUUCAUCGAUCGUGUGCGUGGCGAGAAGGCCAGAGAGACUUUGAAUGCUGUGAAUCGACGCAUUAAGCAGCAGCGCAUUAAACUUUGGGUAUUCCCGGAGGGCACCAGACGCAACACGGGCGAACUGCAUCCGUUUAAGAAGGGCGCUUUCCACAUGGCCAUCGAUCAACAGAUACCCAUACUGCCGGUCGUCUUCAGCUCGUAUUGCACCUUUCUCAACGACAAAAUGAAAAUACUCAAUUCGGGUCGCAUUGUCAUCACUACGCUGCCGCCGAUUAGCACCGAGGGACUGACCAAGGACGACAUCGAUACGCUUAUGGAUCGUGUGCGCGAGCAGAUGAGCGAAACCUUCAAGCUCACCUCGGCCGAGACGCUGCAGCGGUAUAAGCCGCCACAGAAAUCAGCACCGCAGGCGGUGGUCGAUGGCGCCGAAGCAGUUGCAGUGGCUGCUGCAGUGGCCAACAGCUCUGCCGGCUAUGCGCAGCUGCAUGUGGGCGCGGCUGCCUCCUACGAAAGCUACAAGAGCAGCGCUGGCAAGACGAGCAUACUCAAGACGCUCUAGGCGCUAAACACACACACACCCACACACACACACACACACACACAAAGUAUUUUGAAGCAAACUGCGAGCGUCAGAACUGUCAGACUUGUAUUUGUUAUUAUUUAUACUCUAUAUAUAUAUACAUAUGUAUUUUUUU